AUGGCUGGUGAUCACGUGAACAAUCCACCUGUGACAUUUCCUGUUGGUGAUGUCGUAAAACAGGGAUACCUGUUUGUGAAGAGACCUCCUAGGAGAUAUUUUAGUAAAAUACGAGCUUGGCACAAGCGAUAUCUGGUGCUUCGGGAUGAAACCCAGGACCGGAGUCCUUGUUUAGAGAUGUAUGAAAAAGACGAGCUUCUGACUGCCCCUCUUGGUUUAACUGGUCCAAAACUUAUUCUGGACCUCGGUCAAUGCGUCCACAUCGGUUUCACAUCGGAUUCUACAAGAUUUCCGUACGCCUUGGUGAUCGUUUGCCAAGGGAGAUCACCUCUCCUACUUGCUGCUGAAGAUGAACUUAGUGCCAGGUCUUGGCUUUUGGCACUCGGACUUAUCACGCACAAAGGAAAUUCUGCUCACUGUCCGAGGACCACUUUUAUCCCUCCACCGUCCCUGAUGUUCGACAAUAAUCGGCGAGGCCAUCGCAGCAAAUCUGCCUUUCGGGACACCUGUUCCUUGCCUCAGGAAUCUUCAACUUCAUUAUCUGUAGAAAGUACGGCGGCAAUGCUUUUACCUGAGGAAUAUAAUGACAGCGACAUGGAUUUGUCUUUUGCACGUGAUAUCUUCCAAGUUUCUGUUAAUCCGACGGAAGAUUCGCAGCGACUGGGCAUGAACGGUGAUUUGCAGCUGGCGGUUUUCAGCCACGGCAUUGGUUUAGCGAAACCAGGAAUGGCCUCCUGUUUUGUAGUUUGGCCUGUGGCAUACAUACGUCAGUAUCUACAUGAAUCUACGGGUAGCACUGGAAGAACAAAAACAACUAUCGUAUCAUUAGAAGUUGGCAGGAGGUCAGCAACAGGUGAAGGAGUGUUUCAAUUUAGAACACAAAGAGGGGCGGAAAUAAUUCGAGAGCUGAAAUCUAUAGUGGAGCUAUGGGCGGCUCGCAAAGCAGUUCUUGCAAUCCAGCAAUCAUCGGCAAAACACGAAUUUUCAAAGUCGUCUCCUAAACAUGGUAGAGGGCACUCUUGGACUUUUUCUGGUCGCUCAGCCCCCUGUACUCCAAGUCUUGCUAUCCCCCACACUUGGCAUAAACCAAAGUCUAGUCCAACUCCUAACAAAAAGAGCAUCACGGAAGCAACUAUGCGUCCGAAUAGUUGCCCUGAGCAUAUGAAACCGCUGAAGCAGCACGAAAUGCCGAUCGCUGAGCAGCCAGUUAACUAUAUCGUCCCUUGCUUUGAAGAAUCUCCACCAUCUGAGAAAAUAGAUGAGUCGAAAAGCCCAACUGUACAUAACAAAAAGACGGUGACUGCAGAUGUCGGAAAAGAUGGUUGCGUCAGGACAAAGCAUACUCGAAUCAUCAUGGGAGCGUGUUCCAUUCCAGAAGUUCGAUCUGUGAGGGUGGAAGCUUGCUCGGGGGACAGUAGCGAUGAGUGCUGCUAUAUCGAAGUAGACUCUCCAAAAGCAGAGCCCCUCAAGUCAACACCAGUUGCUAGUCCAGCGAAAAGUUCCAACUGUGGCCAUGAGCCAGAAGGUAAAGGAAAGAUGUUCAAGAAGUGCGUCGUACUUUGAGAAGGUGCACUGUCCACAAUAAGCUUAUCUUCAAGUUUUGCCAACGUAACCCAUUGCAGUUCAUCGAUGGGACAUCAAGAGUCAAUUUGUAUGGAAUACAGAAAUAAUUCAUUUGUAGAUUAAUGUAUUUUUGCGAUUUAUUUCACCAUGAAAGUUUGUUCUAAAACUUUUUGCUAAUAUUUAUUCAAAUUACAUGCUUGUAUUGAUGAAAACAUUUUCAAGCAUUAUCUUCUUUACAAUUCUCAGAUACUAUUUUUCAAAAAUUACUAUC